ACAACUCGACAGGGUGACGUCAAUUGACUACAGAGGAGAGCUUACAGAUCAAUCAUAUCUGCAACAAACCUGCAGCAGCACCUGUGACAACUCGGCCGAGGUCGCUCAAAGGUGGGGGAUAAAAGGUGAUACAAGAAAACAAGAAUAUCCUCCCCCAAUUCCCUAUUUCUGUACAAGAUCGUCUCAUCGCAAGCUAAACCCAUCAUGAGCUUCACCCCAGAGCCCUACGACCCCAUCACUGCCGAUUCAUGGCUCGUCUGCGAUACUUGCGGAACUCAAUUCCCAACGUCUGAUCGCAGCACCCUCAAGACAUGUCACAUCUGCGAUGACCCGCGCCAAUUCGUCCCGCCGUCUGGACAGUCGUUCUCUACGCUGGGGGAAUUGAAAAACAAGCAUAAAAACGAAUGGACUAAGUGUUCUUCUGAUGAGAAUAUCACGUUCAUCUCGUCGGUGCCGAAAUUGGCUAUUGGACAGCGUGCUAUUCUUAUCAAAACGCCAGAGGGCAACAUUCUCUGGGAUUGUAUCACGCUGCUUGAUGAUGAGACUGUUGAGAGGAUUAAGAGUGAGGGAGGGUUGAAGGCGAUUGUUAUAAGUCAUCCGCAUUUUUACAGCACCCAUGUUCAAUGGGCUCGCGCAUUCAAUUGUCCAGUGUAUCUCUCCGCCGAAGACAAAAUCUGGACAACCUUCUCCUCACCACAUCAAAUCUUCCUCACGACCCUCGAAACGCCCAUCCUCUCCACGGCCAAAGCCAUCAAGCUCGGCGGGCACUUCCCAGGCUCCAUGGUGCUACACUACAACUCACGGCUGUUCAUAGCCGACACGCUUAUGACGACGGCGUCAGGCGUCGGGAACUGGAGUGUAGACGCCACCGGUGAAUCGCGGUCCCGACCGGCUGGGUUGAACUCUUUCUCGUUCCUGUGGAGCAUUCCGAACUUCAUUCCUCUGGGUGUUGGGGAGAUGGCGAGGAUGUGGGGGAUUCUGAAGGGGUAUGAGUUUGGGGCUACGCAUGGUGGGUUUAUGGGGAUGGAUAUUGAGAGUGAGGAUGUCAAGGGGAGGGUUUUGGAGAGUAUGAAGAUACAGGCUGGGUUUAUUGGGGAUAAAGCGUUUGAGGAGAAGCUGUGAUGUGUGACGUAUAUCGAUUGCUUUUUGUGUAUCGAGUAUGGGAGAUGAGAG